AUGGGUCAGACAAACCUUACCAUACUCACCGAGUUCGUUCUCAUGGGAGUCACAAGGCAGCCUGAACUCCAACGCCCUCUCUUUGGUGUCUUCCUCACCAUCUAUACCAUCACAGUGGUGGGUAACCUGGGUAUGAUUGUUUUGACACAACUGGACCACCGCUUACAUACACCAAUGUAUUUUUUUAUUAGGCACCUGGCUUUCAUUGAUCUUGGAAAUUCCACUGUCAUUUGUCCCAAAAUGUUGGUAAAUUUUGUUGUGGAUAAAAAUACCAUUUCCUAUAGUGCAUGUGCUACACAGAUGGCUUUCUUCAUUUUCUUCAUCGUCAGUGAACUUUUCAUCUUGUCCACCAUGGCCUACGACCGCUAUGUGGCCAUCUGUAACCCUCUGCUCUACAAGGUGACCAUGUCUCCAAGACUUUGUCACCUGCUGGUGGGCCUUCCAUAUCUGUACAGUAUUUUUCAGGCUCUGAUGUUCCCCGUUAUGUACUUCAUGUCGACAUUCUGUGGCUCUAAUAUCAUCAGCCAUUUCUACUGUGAUGUUGUUCCCUUGUUACCGAUGCUCUGCUCAUAUACACGAGGACUAGAACUGCUGACCAUACUAUUUUCAGCCUUUAAUUUGAUCUCCUCCCUUCUGGUCGUCCUUCUGUCUUAUACCCUGAUCCUAUUAGCCAUAUGUAGAAUGCGUUCUGCAGAAGGCAGGAGAAAAGCUUUCUCCACCUGUGGCUCUCACCUGACAGUGGUGGUGGUGUUCUACGGAACCCUACUUUUCAUGUAUGUGCAGCCCAAAUCCACCCACUCCUUUGAAACUGAUAAAAUGGCUUCUGUGUUUUACACCUUGGUGAUCCCCAUGCUAAACCCUUUGAUUUACAGUUUACGAAACAGAGAAGUUAAAAAUGCUUUCCACAGGGUUUUCAGGAAUCAGUGCAGAAUUUGUAUUUAA